AUGACAUUAACUAUCAGAACUGUUGGGGUGGUGGGCACUGGGGUUAUCGGUGCCAGCUGGACAGCUCUUUUCCUUUCCCAUGGACUUAAAGUCCUGGUAUCUGAUCCCGCUCCAGGUGCGGAAGAUCGCCUUUUCGCAUAUCUACAUGAGUCAUGGCCAACGCUCAAGGGACUCGGCCUCCACGAGAAUGCUUCAAUUUCCAAUUGUACCUUUGUUGGCGAGAGCUUGGAUGAUUAUUGCAGCGAGGUGGACUUUAUCCAGGAGAACGCACCUGAGAAACCUGACUUGAAGCAGAAGCUUUUUGCUUUGCUAGACGCAAAAGCAAGGAAAGACGUUGUGAUCGCUUCUUCGUCCUCAGGCAUUCCGUCCUCGCAGUUUAUUGGCGAGUGUAAGAAUCCUGAGCGUGUUUUGAUCGGUCAUCCAUUUAAUCCACCCCAUUUGAUGCCGCUCGUUGAGGUCGUACCACACGAGAAGACCAACCAAGUCACCAUGGACGUGGCCAUGUCCUUUUACAAGGCAAUGGGGAAGAGCCCCGUCUUAGUCAAGCAAGAAUGCCCUGGUUUCGUGGCAAAUCGGCUUCAGGCGGCUCUGAUCAGGGAGGCUUAUAGCCUCGUUCAGCGGGGAAUUGUCUCAGCCGAAGAUUGCGAUACUUGCGUCUCAACAGGUGUCGGGCUUCGAUGGGCACUCACUGGCCCGUUCAUGACCAAUGCGUCAGGUGGCGGUGGAGGCAAGGACGGGUUUCGCCAACUUCUCACUCAUUUAGGCCCUGCUUUACAAGGGUGGCUCGAAGACAUGGAUUCCCAUACAUUCACUUUUAGUGAGGAAAAUAUCCAAAAGCUGGAUGAUAGUGUGCAAGACAUGUUGGAACGCACGGAAAUCAAGGAUGUUGAGAGUCAGCGCGACAAGGCGCUCGUCGAUUUCAUCAAGCGCAAGAAGGACGCACCCUCGUUGAAGUAG